UCUUGUGACAGAAGCAGUUUCCGGUCAGAUAUUUGUAUCAUGAAAGGGGAUGUAAGAACACAAUCUCCUUCCUCUUCUAUCUUUGUCUACAGGUCCAGAGACAAAAGUAGCUUCACAAAUUAUCUUUGGGGCCUCGUUGAGGAACAUGAAAACCGGGAAGAACUUCAACAGGAAAAGAUCAAACCAUAUACUCGGAAAUGGGAAACAAGCACCAUGGACACCGUCACAGAAUUAGACCUCAUUGCAAAGAAAGAAAGUCCAGGCAUGAAACAUCAGUGUGAUGUCCAGCAUGAUGUUCCAGCAGUGUUUUUCUCAACUGGAGGAUAUACUGGUAAUGUUUAUCAUGAAUUCAACGAUGGCAUUUUACCAUUGUACAUUACUUCCCAGCAUUUGAGCAAGAAGGUUGUGUUUGUGAUUCUUGAUUUUCAUAAAUGGUGGCUCAUGAAAUAUGGAGACAUUAUUUCGCAUCUAUCGGAUUAUCCAGUAAUAGAUUUUAGUGCAGAUAUGAGAACUCAUUGCUUCCCUGAAGCCAUUGUUGGUAUGAGAAUUCAUAAUGAGCUCACUGUGGAUUCUUCAUUGAUGGACGGAGACAAGAGCAUAUUAGACUUUCGCAAUCUUCUAGACCGUGCUUACAGGCCUCGAGUUAGAAGUCUGAUCCGCGAACAAGAAGCAAAUCAGAAAAAAGUGCAUGAACAUUCACUGAAGAGGCCUAAACUGGUUAUCAUAUCUAGAAACGGAUCAAGGACAAUAACCAAUGAGAAUUUGCUGGCUAAAAUGGCAGAGAAAAUUGGGUUUCGAGUUGAAGUUUUGAGACCCGAAUCUUCGACAGAGUUGGCAAAGAUUUAUUGGGCUCUUAAUUCUAGUGAUGUCAUGAUUGGAGUUCAUGGUGCUGCCAUGGCACAUUUUCUGUUCAUGAGGCCUGGCUCUGUGUUUAUCCAAGUCAUCCCUCUUGGAACUGCAUGGGCAGCAGAGGCAUAUUAUGGGGAACCUGCAAGAAAGCUUGGCUUAGAAUACAUUGGUUACCAAAUUCUUGCCACAGAGAGCUCAUUGUAUGGCAAAUAUGGUAAAGAUGAUCCUGUUGUGACAAAUCCAAGAAGUGUUACUAAAAAAGGAUGGGAAUACACAAAGAAGAUUUAUCUUGAAGAUCAAACUGUGAGACUACACCUCAGAAGAUUUAGGAAGCAGUUGGUUGGUGCUUAUAAUUACACCAUUGAUAGAAUAUGA